AUGUCUGCAGACGAAAUCCCACUCAAAUCCUUCUCCGAGGAUUCAAGCAACACAGAAGAGGAAAAGGAUUCGACCGAUCUCUUCAUGAAAAUGCUUGAAAAGAAACUGAUGGAAGAGGGACAAUCAAUGGAUUCCGGUUUUGCUUCAUCAUCCACAACAUCCUCAUCAAAUAGAAAACCUCUCGCUCCACGUAAACACAAAGCAAGAACAUUUGCAAAAAAGAAGGACCCACAAGAGUCCAGUAACAAUGAAGAUUCCUCUGAGAAUGUUCAAAUAAUAACAACGACUAGCAGCACUCAACAAACUACAAUGGAAGAUGAACCACUUCCGCAACCUACUAAAAAACCUCUCCCUUCAUCAUCGAGUGCAUCUCAUUCUCCUCAACAGGAUACAACACCUGUGAACGUUUUGGGUAAAAUUUCAGAAUCAUGGUUCACAACUAUUCAAGAAGAAAAGUGGAGUAGUAAGCGAGAUGCUCUUUCAGAACUGAAACAAUUAAUUGAUUACCCUUGUUUGGAAGAUGGAGACUACUCACCCAUUGUGGCUCGGAUUCUUGCAGUCAUUGAAGAAGAGAAAAAUCUUGCAGUGACCAAGCUCGUCAUUGAGUGUGUUGAACUGCUUUCGAAAGGAUUGAAAGCAAAUUUCUGUACAUACGCAAGAGAACUCACUGAGAAACUUUUACCCAAGAUGAAGGAUAAGAAACUCAGCGAAAUGAUUGCCAAUGCUGUUUCUUCCAUUGAAGAAACCUCUGUUUCUUUCUCCGAAUUAGCUCCUCUGCUUAUUUCCUCCAUCAGUAGCAAAUCUCCCUUUGAAAAAAUUGGAGCACUGAAUUGUGUAGAAAAGUGUCUGUCUAGAAAAUCAAGCUUUGCUGCAAUUGAAUCAUUAUUUACCGCUCUAACAGAUGCAUCGGUACAAGCCUCAGAAGACAGCAACAAGGAGGUACGGGAGGCAUCAUUCAAAUGCCUUGGGCGAAUUUUGUGGCUUGUUGGAGAGCGAAACUUUGAUCCUUACUUUCCAAACUAG